AGGGGUGUGGUUGGGUAUAAACCAGGGGACAGUGGGGUUUCUGUUGUUGUCCCGUUUCGAAGCGGUCUGUCCGGGCGUCCUGCACCCGUCGCGCUCUCCUUUCCUUCGAGGUUUUCCUUCGGCGCAGACCUCCCUGCAGAGUGGGACCUGUCCGGGCCGCGCUCGUCCAUCUUUUUUGGGAGCUCCACAGAAACCAGAAGCCAUGCUGACGGUUUUGGCGUUGACGUCGGUUGUUCUCCUGGGAGUAGUGCCUGAGCAGUCCCAGGCCAUAACCAUUUACACCGGCUGGGAGCGCCACGCCCUGGUGGGCUCCGACAUCCGACUGUCCUGCUCGUUCUUCUCCUGGCGCUGGAUCUCAGAGGACGUCACCUUCUCCUGGACGUACAGGCCCGAUGGCUCCCGGGACACCAUCUCUAUCUUCCACUACACCGGUGGCGAGGCCUACGUCGACAACAAGGGCCCCUUCAGGGACCGGCUGGAGUUCGUGGGGAACCCGAAUCGCCGCGACGGCUCCAUCCUGAUCAAAAACCUGGACUUCAGCGACAACGGCACCUUCACCUGCGAYGCCAAGAACCCCCCGGACAUAGUGGGACGCCCGUCCAGCGUGCGCCUGCUGGUGUUUGAGAAAUUGCCCAUCCAGGCCGGUGUGAUCACAGGCGCAAUCAUCGGCGUGGUCCUGGGCCUGCUGGUGCUCAUCGUGGUCAUCUACUACCUGAUGAGGUUCCUGGUGGCCCGCCGUGUCUUCAGCCUGAACGUCAGCAAACAUGGCAAGAAAAAGAAAGAGGGAUCACAGCAGAGACAGGGCCCCGCGCCUCCCGCCGACCCCGCCAAGGUGAAGGCCGCCGCCUCGGAAAAGAAGAAGCAGGAGUCCCGCAAGGAUAAGAAAUAGGAUACGGGGAGGGGCUGGGGCGGGCUUGCCGGACGCCUGCUCCAGCCCRUACGCCAGAUAAAGGUUUGACUUCUCCACGACUGCCUCUGCACUCCUCCUCUAGUCUGCUCCCUCCUUUUUCCACCCAGCCUGAUGCUACCCCCGUUAUUCCCCAUUAUCUCCACCCUCUCGAGACAGCGGUGGCUGUAAGGAUACCCCCCACCCCCACACGCUGCAUCACGGGUAACAGUGUCGAAUUAUUUCUGCGGCGCUGUGCGCACCAUCGUUGGGGCGACCUGUACAAGUGUUUAAGGCGUAACUACCUACAUAACUUCCUUUAGAGGACCACACGGGCUUGUACAGGUCGCCCCAACGCACCAUUGU